AUGUCGUCCUCCGCCCCGGCGGCCGAGGGAGAGGUGACCCCUACCCAGCCCGAGUCCCAGAAGGAGCCCGAGAAGCCCGGCCUCCGGGAGGAGAGUGAGGAGGAGGAGGACGACGACGACGAAGACGACGACGAGGAAGAGAAAGAAAAGAGUCUCAUCGUGGAAGGCAAAAGGGAAAAGAAGAAAUUGGAGAGGCUAACAAUGCAAGUCUCUUCCUUACAAAGAGAGCCAUUUACAAUUGCUCAAGGAAAGGCGCAAAAACUUUGUGAGAUUGAAAGGAUACAUUUCUUUCUGAGCAAGAAGAAAACAGAUGAACUUAGAAAUCUACACAAACUGCUUUACAACAGACCAGGCACAGUAAGACCUUCUGUUUCUCCUUUAAUGAAUGUGGUUCAGUUCAGUGGCUUUCCUUUUGAAAAAGAAAUUAUCCAAUAUAAAAAGAAGGAAGAAAUGUUGAAAAAAUUUAGAAAUGCCAUGUUAAAGAGUAUCUGUGAAAUUCUAGAUUUGGAGAGAUCGGGUGUAAAUAGUGAACUAGUGAAGAGGGUUUUGAAUUUUUUAAUGCAUCCAAAGCCUUCUGGCAAACCAUUGCCAAAAUCUAAAAAAUCCUCUAGCAAAGGCAGUAAAGAGGAACGGAACAGUUCUGGAAUGGCAAGGAAGGCUAAGCGAACCAAAUGUCCUGAAAUUCUGUCAGAUGAAUCUAGUAGUGAUGAAGACCCAAAGAAAAACAAAGAAGAGUCUUCAGACGAUGAAGAUGAAGAUAGCGAAGAGGAGCUGCCAAAAAAGACAUCUAAAAGAGAAAAACCCAAACAGAAAGCUACUCCUAAAAGUAAAAAAUCCGUAAAAAGUGCUAACGUUAAGAAAGCUGAUAGCAGUACCACCAAGAAGAAUCAAAACAGUUCUAAAAAAGAAAGUGAAUGUGAGGAUAGUGCAGAUAAUGAUCUUUUAAUUAAAAAGUUGAAGAAACCACCUACAGAUGAAGAGUUAAAGGAAACAGUAAAGAAAUUAUUGGCCGAUGCUAACCUAGAGGAAGUCACAAUGAAGCAGAUUUGCAAAAAGGUAUAUGAAAAUUAUCCUGCUUACGAUUUAACUGAAAGAAAAGAGUUCAUAAAAACAACCGUUAAAGAGCUCAUUUCUUGAGACAGAGGACAGAGACUGAGGACUUGUUCCCAUAGAUUUGAAGAUCUGAUUUAUACCAUUAUACCAGCAAAGAGAGAAUGUAUUUUCUUUUCUAAAUCCUCGUUAAGCAUCGUGUUGGUAGACCUCCUUACUGCUGACCCUUUUAUCUUGAGUGUUACACAAAUUUGAGUUUGUUAUUUAAAAUUGCAUUUCUGUGCAGUUUUUAGUUUAAACUCUUGCAUGGCAGUACCUGUCCCUUGCUUUAUAGUUGUAUUUUGUACAUUUUGCAUUUCUUUAUAUAAGGUCAUAGACUGAACUGUUGUGGUUUUUAGUGCACUUAAUAAUAGCUUGCUUAAGACAUACUUUUAAUCAAGUAGAAAAACUAUUGUGGCUAGCAUUUAUACAUGCAGAGACUAUUGCAGUAUUUAGUAUAUGAAAUAUUUUGAAUACACAUCUGUCCUCUUGGUGGCAGUGUUCAGUAUAUUAGAAAUACACAGGCUCCAGCUGUCCAGACAACUGAAUUGGAACUUUUCUUUU